AUGAAACCUGACGGGUCUCUGGAUGCUCCCUUCACUCUGGAUGACGACCCGCCUAGUUAUGUACCUGCGCCUACAGUGCGACGGCGCCAUCGCCAAACGCUUGACCAAGAUGGGCUUGAGGAGAUCUCCGACGCGCAGCAAGCUGCAGCUGCAUGGAAGGAGGUCGCCGCACGGAGACAAACGAAACAAAGACACGGGAAAAACAUGAGCAAUGAUACGUCUGGAGGAGAUAGUAGUACGAAGGACAGCAAUCUCACAAACAAACCGCGAGACCGGACGUCGUCAUCCACGAAGUCUGUUGAGAUUGUUGAUCUUUCAAUCGAUGAAGAUGAGCCGCCAGUAUCCGGACAAGCAACACAAUCAGGCAUAAAUGCUAGGGUGAAUCAGCGCCCAAUUCAGGGACCACAGGGUUUUGUUCCUUUGCCUACUACGCGUCACGAAGCUGUGCUUCCUGAGCGAGCUAAGCCUGCUGAGUCUCCUAAGAGAACGAGUCGGAUAUUUUCUCUCCCCAUGGAAUCUCUAGCAACACCGACGUAUAACUCACAUCAUCCGCCUCAAUCAUCGGUUGCACGAACAACGGGGCCAUUCACGGGGCUUCCGGGGCCCUCGACAACGCCAACUUACCACUCACACUUUGUGCCCGGCUCAUCAGUGGUGCAAGUGACAGAACCAAGUGCGGAGCUUUCCAGGGAAUCUUCAGCAAACCCAGUCUAUCAACCACGCUACCUGCCUCGAUCACCAGUCACACAAGGAGCGGGACCAAGUGCGGAAGUCCCCAAGGUCACGCCGCUGAACCGCUCGCCGUCAGCCGCAUCAACACCAAGGACAGAACCGAGUGUUACCACUCAAGCGAUACUGAUAGAUGAGGAUAUUUCCCCUCAACCUACGUACCAUGCGACAUCGGCCCUCGGAGCCUCAACUGACCGUACCGCACCCGUCUUGGACCAUACCGUAGACCCAUCGGCGCAGCCGGCCAGUGAUGUCUCUGAGAACCCACAAGAACAAGCCCCUGCCAGUCGCAGAGAUGUAGUUCCCGAGUCGGACGACGCAACACCGGACGAUGAUAGCGGCAGCAUGACUAUCCCCUUGCCUAAUAAGUCGCCUGAGCCAAACCUUUCAGCCAUACAAAGACUGCCGCAGAAACAGAAAGCCAUCAAGUCAGUAAGACGAAGAGAUGAUGGGUUCUCGGGUCCACAGCUGCCUGUCAGACCACCGCGUCAGUCUGCGACUGAUCAUCGGGGCGUAACAAACUUAUCCUUCAAGCCUCUCGACCUGGGCUCGAGUAAGUCAAGGUCCGGGUCGCCUGUGGUAACACGUCGUAGCCAAAGCAAAACUCCAACGUUAGAUACUAGUAUCAUUGCUGAUAGCGCGCCUGCGCAGACGGAGGAAGAAUCCGUCAGGGCUGCCAGUCCUGUGGAACGCAGCACAACGCCCACACAAUCGCCGCCACCGCCACCUCACGAUGAGGCAGGCGAACCUGCACCGGGGCGUGCCAUUAGCUCGACACCUUUACUGUCCCGUUCCGCCACCCCUACUGCCCUGCGUCCUGUCGAGGCAUCAGCAGAGCCGACCCGGCCUUCUGAAGCGCCAUUACCAGUCCCCGAAAUUAUGAUCCCAGAUGUGCCAGCUCCGGCAACAGUCGUCAGUACUCAUCCAACCAUCCAACCCGAACACCUUCGGGUGCCUGUCGAGAACGAUGGUGGUAGAACAAGCAAGAAGCCCCCACUGCAAGCAGAUGUGCUCGUCACUACACGCUCAGCUGUAGAAGCGUGUUUGAAACGUCAUGUGGCGGAACGACAUGAAUUACAUGCAUACUUGAUGGAGACAAAGAUGCGGAAUCAGAGAACAUUCCAAGAACAAGACCUACGCGCCCGGUCCCGUAAGCAGAAGCGUCCACAGCAGCCUAUCCUACCCGAAAAGUACAUCCAGAAGACUUCCCCCUUUGAGAACAUGCGUGCUAUACAAGUACCGUUCGACAGAGCCAACGCUAAGCGCUUCGUGGAUAUGAGUCAGGAAACAUUCAUCAAGGCCAAACCCAAAGACACAGUGGUCAAGUCAGGCUUAGCCGUGCCUACUACAAAGUACAAGAGUGAUGCGCCAAAGAUUCCUCCUUUCAAAGAGUAUGUCAGUCUGAAGAACAACGUUCUUAAAGACAAUGAGUCAAAAUUACUCGCAACACCCUAUUUCCAGGACGAAGACUACCGUGGUCGCGAGGUUCUGCUGGACACGCUUCCUUAUAUGUACGAGAUGACGCAUGACGAGAAGGGGCCGCUAGACUUCCGCAAGGAACAGUGCCGGUUCUACGAUAAAGCCAUCGAAGCAUUCCUGUCUGAAAUAGGCAUCACGUGGAACGAUGUCCUUUUUUGGCUACUGGCCCCGGAUCAAGCCAUUAUACGAAUCAACGACUCUUUAAAUGGAAGCAAGCAGUUUGAAGCACAGGUCCUCGAAAGAUCACGAUAUCACAUUGAGGAGUUUGAGAGAGACGGUGAGCCGAAGAAGGCUACUCUGUUUGACCGGAACAACAAAAAGUGGGAAGAAUUUGUCGCACAGCUUGAAGAGCCGAUCCCGAGUGCUCUGAGACUUGCGGCAACAGCUUCUGCAGCGGUGUUCAAAGAAUGUGAAUUCAGCAUCUGGUACCUGGCUCAACAGUCCAAAGCUGUACAGAGUCUCAUACGGAAGAAGUCUGCACAUGAGCAGUCUUCCAAGCACUCAACGUACAAAAAGAUCAUGUGCAGAGUAUGCCAUCAACACGAUUGCCUUCUUCAUGGCGAGAUCAGACAAGUACCCGAGGAUUCCUGGAAGACGGACUCGGAAGACGAAGAACGCGCUACACAGGCGACUGAUGAUACCAGUCGUCGAGGCUCCAACAACAAAACUCCGCGCCGUGUGUCGAACUUUAGCAGAGACGACACCGACGAUGAGAACGAACCCGGCGACCCCUUGCCCGCACAUUUUGACUCCGACUCCGACAUCGAGAAGGUCAUAAACUAUAAGCUUCCUGCAAACCCAAGCGCUUUCGAGUCUUGUUCAGAGACGGAGAUGAUUACUCCCAAAGGUGCGAAACCGCCACCUGUGCAUGGCUUUGGACUCUAUAUGGGCGAGGACAUCAAGAGUGGCGAGUAUAUUGGUGAAUAUACUGGCGAGGCCAUCUCGGUUAAGGAAGGCGAUCGCCGAGUCACGAUAUACGACUACCAGAAGACGAUGUACCUGUUUCGUCUAAACUCGAAGCAGGAAGUUGAUGCGACAUACAUGGGCAAUAAACUACGCUUCAUCAACAAUGCCGACGACAAGUACACAAACUGCGGCCCCAAGAACUUGCUGUGCAACACAGUCUUUCGCAUCGCGCUCUUCGCCACCAGAGACAUCAAGGCAGGUACCGAGCUGUUCUUCAACUACAACUAUCCCAAGGAGAAGACAGAGCAAUUCAAACAGCCUAAUGCCAAGAUCGUCGCAGUCAAACAGACCAAGCAAAAGACGAAGAAAAGGGAGUCACUCACCAGUCUGAGCCAGCCCAUCGAGGACCGUUCACGUAUCCUUGCCGCCACAGCAAAAGCCAGAGAGGCAAAAGCAGCGAAGCGGAAAGAGGCCAUGCUGCAAGAGGGCGGCGUGGAGCCAGCCACAAGAAGGCGCUCUGGAACACUUCAAGCACGAAAGGCAGCUACGAGCAAACCCGGACGCAAGGCAGUGCGAAAGUCCAAGCGCGGAGGGCUCAAUAGGAACGAGUCCACAGGUUCAGAUACGGGUAUGGAUGUAGAGGCAAGCGACCCCGAAAUCCCCGAAAUCCCCCCUGUCAUUGAGUCGCAGAGCACUCAGACUAGUCUGUACGUCCAGGACACGGAGGCGGAAGACGACGAGUUCAUCUUGCCAGAUACCCAAGAAGACGAAGAGCAAGAUGUGGCUGAGCCGGCCUCUGAGGAUGAUGAACCGCCCGGUCGAUCUACGAGGUCUCGUCGUGGGCCGGGUCGACCGCAUAGGAGGGCGUCGGAUGUGGCGCCGGUGGUUGCGGUCAAGCAGGCGGUUAAGCAGGCGGCCAAGCAGAAGAAGUCGAAGAUGGGUGGUGCACGACCAGGUGCUGGCAGGAAGAGAAAACGACCCGUUAUUGCUAACAGCGAUGAUGAGUGA